UUCACUUUGGCACGUCUCUUUUAUUUACAUGUGGAGACUUUAUGUUGGUCAUUGUUUGAUAUGGUGGAGUUGCACAAGUCCAUUCAACAUUAUCCUUGAUACAGGGAUUCAAGACAACACCAUGUGAUAUCUCAUGUGCAUACCCUCCAUCCUUUAACACUAAUUAAUCUUCUCAAGGGUUUGGAUUUCCUUCCCACAGAAUCUUAAAAGCUAUAUACACUAUCCUUUGUCUUCACAAACAACACACACCACUGCAUUCCUCAAGCAUCAACACUUAGAUUACUUCUUUCAAGUUUUGAUAUUGUUCAAAUUCCUUCAGUCAAGCACAAAAAAUGGGUUUCCGUUUACCUGCUAUUCGACGAGCAUCAUUCAAAGCUAGCCAAGCAGCUUCAAAUUCUGUAGAAGUCCCAAAAGGCUAUCUUGCGGUGUAUGUUGGAGAGAAACAAAAGCGCUUUGUGAUUCCCAUAACAUACUUGAACCAACCUUCAUUUCAAGACUUGUUGAGUAAAGCUGAAGAAGAGUUUGGAUAUGAUGAUCCCAUGGGUGGCCUCACAAUUCCUUGCAGUGAAGAAAUCUUCCAUCGUAUAACUUCUUGCUUGGAUGGACAAUAGAAGUCAUUACUUUAGGGGACUAACAUAGAUUAACAUAGAUUAGUGGAGACAUUUCUUGUACAAUAGGCAUCUUCUUAACUCGUAAAACUUUCCUUCUCUCGAGAAAGAGGAAUAAGAAACAGAAUGAAAAAAAUCAAAUUGUAUUAUUCUUUUGUUUUGUUUAGGUUAGAAGUGAGUUUAGUGGUCUGAU